AUGAAUAUCAUUGAAACAAAUUUGAAAAACGAGACUUGUAAGGAAACAAAAAAAAUAUUACCAUUACUGCAGAAACUUAUAAAAUCCUCAAAUCGUUUUAAUAGAUGUCAAGAAAAAGACUAUUGUGUUAUGAUAAUUGGAGUUCCAAAUGUUGUAAACAUGUUUGCAAGAAUUACAUUUUAUCCAUCUUUAUUAUAUAACAUAUUUAUGGAAAAAGUUUCAAGUCGACGAUGGUAUGAUCGUAUCGAUGACAGUGUUAUUCUUGGAGCACUACCUUUUAGAACAGCAACAAAACAGUUAAUAAAUGAAGAAAAUGUGAAGGCUGUUAUAUCAAUGAACGAAGAUUACGAAUUAUGGUUAUUUUCAAAUACUGCAAAGGAAUGGAAGAAAAAUAACGUUCAAUUUUUACAAUUAUCAACUACAGAUAUAUUUGAAACACCUUGCCAAGAAAAACUUAAACAAGGUGUAAACUUUAUCCAUCAAUUUCAAAAUUCAGAUAAAAAUAAUAUAGUUAGUGAAAAAAAACCGACAAUAUAUGUUCACUGUAAGGCAGGUAGAACGCGUAGUGCAACGCUUGUUGGAUGCUAUCUCAUGACGAAACAUAACUGGACUCCUGAAGAAGCGGUAAAUUAUAUGAAGAGUAAACGAGAACAUAUACUUAUGCAUAAUGCUCAGUGGCAGGCUUUAAAAAUGUUUUAUAAAGAUCAAAUAAAACCCGAAAAGUCUUAGUACAAGA